AGAGCUCCGUGAGGAUUUGUUCUUAAGUGAACUACGUUUCCCAGGGUGCUGGGUGCGGGCCAUUGCCUCCGAGGCUCAGAACUGGGCACCCGGCAGUCGCAAGCACGUUUCGAGUGGGCGAGGCUGGCUGAAGAGAGCGAAUGGCCGCCUGGGUCUGGGGAGGUUGAGGGGAGGCCUGGCCACACUGGCUUCAGCGGGAACCCCGGGGGGAGUUCGUCUCCUAUCAGUGAUUGCCCCGAGACAGCAGCACGGGAAAACCUGCCCUGUCAGUGCUUGCGGCCACGGACCCAACGUCCUCCGAGGUAACUUCACAGAAACUCAAAGUUGGAAGGGACCACAGAGACCAUCUGAUACAAUCCAUACCUUCCUCUCUGCAACAUACCCUACAAAUGAUCAUCUUGCUCUAACUUCUCCAAUGAGGCCACACAGUAUUUCCAAAAGAAAAGAAAAACAAAAUUAGAGUUAAGCAUCCUUGGAACAUGAAAAAACUGGCAGCUGUGAUGACUGAGCCUACUGUUUGUGAUAUUGGAAAAAUCAGGGAAGAUGAGAGAGGUACCACAAAAGGGAAUAGAACAGAGUCUGCAAACUAGAGAGAAUGGGAAAACACCAGAAGUUGGAAGGCUUUCCACUUGACACCUGAAAUAAAUAUUGAAGGAAAAUAAGGAUUCUGAAUGUCAAAGUCUCUGUAGGAACUGAAAUCAACAACCACCAUUCAUCAAAAUGCAGUGGAAUUUAAUACGGACUAUGUCUCAACUGGCAAAUAGAACAUGUUUGGUCUCACAUGGGGCUGGUUCCAUUGGGCACUCUCAAAGCAUAAAAGGCUUACGUAAAGCUUGGCCCAAGAUUGUUUUGGUGCAGGGUUCUCAAAACCAUUGGCUACAUGUAUCUUCUGCACAACAUGUCUCAAAGGAAAGGAAGCCAGUAGAUGUUUCUCACCAUAAUCAACAAAAAGAAGAAACUUCAUCAGAGAGGGUUAUAUCAUCUAGUGGCACAGCCCAAGGAAUUCAUGCUGAGAAAAAGGAAGAUCUUGAUCCAUUACAAGACAAAUCUAUUAGUCUGUAUCAGCGAUUUAAGAAAACAUUUAGACAGUAUGGAAAAGUUAUGAUUCCAGUACACUUAGUGACUUCUGGUAUUUGGUUUGGAACGUUUUAUUAUGCUGCCUUAAAAGGAGUGAAUGUUGUUCCUUUUUUGGAACACAUUGGGUUACCAGACAGCAUAGUGAGCAUUUUGAAAAAUUCCCAAAGUGGAAAUGCACUAACUGCAUAUGCCUUGUUUAAGAUUGCAACACCUGCCAGAUACACUGUGACUUUGGGAGGAACAUCCAUUACUGUCAAGUAUCUUCGUAGUCAUGGCUACAUGUCAACACCACCUCCAGUUAAAGACUACUUCCAGGACAGAAUGGAAGAAACAAAGGACCUUAUUACAGAAAAAAUGGGAGAAACAAAAGAUAGACUCACAGAAAAACUGCAAGAAACCAAAGACAAAGUUUCAUUUAAGAAAAAAGUGGAAUAGGAAAUCUUGUGUGCCAGGCCACAGAAAAGUCAUGCACUUUAACCCUCGGGAAACUGUGGACAAAGACAUAUUCUAAUUAUACCUUUGGUUGGUAGUCUUGAAAUACUAGUGCUCCAAGGGUUAAAGAACCCAUAAAAUCUUUUUAAAGUUAAAUAUCACGAGAAAAAUCAGUGUUUCAUGCAAAAAAAAAAUUUAACCCAGUGUACUAAUUUCAUACCAGCAGCAGCAUAAGUAAUGGUUAUUGUUUUGUGUCAUGAUGAUUUUUCAAGUAUCUUUCUUGCUGAUUUUACUGCCUGCUGUAAUGAUGACAGACUAAGCAGCUUACUACUCGUAUAAGAAAUUUCUCUCAUAGAAAGGAUGGUUCUGUUGGGAUCAUGAUCUUCAUGUUAUCCAUCACUUAGACAUUUAACCAUAAUCAGUUCUCAACAUGGAGAGCUCUUAGCACCAUUGUUGCCAGUGAAUAAGGGUAUUUUUAAUUGUCUCUCAAAAUCUCAGAAGUCUUUCACUAUUUAAAAAAAAAAAAAUAGCAAGAUGAGGCCAUUCUAAUAACCAUCUACUGGUUAAAACUUUAAUUUUAUAUGAAUAAAGUUGAGUUAAAAUUGGGACUAUAUAUGUGAUGAAAGUGAGAUGUACUGAUUAUAUAUAAAUGACUAAACAAAUUGACAUUUUAAAAAUAGUUUUGCCUAAAAUCUGUGUGAGUCAAAUUUUUCAAAGUAAGUACAUAAUGUCUGCAGUUCCUUUUUAGAGAUUUAAGUUGGUAGCUGUCACCUAGAACAUAAAAUUUUCUUUUAAAUGCAUUUUUGUCUUCAUCAACUAAUUUCUCAGAGUAAAGAUGAAAAUAAUUUUACUUGCUGGUAAGCUUCCUACUGAAAUUAGAUGCUCAUAAAUUGUGCCUCAUGUUUGUGAUUCUUAGUUGAGUAAGUUACAAGAGUAGAGAGAAAAUGACUUUAGAAUCAGUGGGCACCCUUACAAACAUUGAUUAAAACUUGUCAUAUUUUA